CGGCGGACCCUCACCGGUAGCUGUCCGGCCCGCGGGGGAGGCGGCACCGCCGGCUCAGGCUCAGCCCCAGCGCCCGCUGCCAGCAGCCGGCCCCGACCCGCCGCGCCGCCAUGGCGCCCCGCUCUGCCCUCUGCGCAGGCGGGCGGCACCACUCCUCCAGCGGGGGGGAGGCCGGUACCGCCCCUCCGCGGCGGUGGUACCGCCCGGCCCUGCCCACCCCCCUCCCCACAGCCAGGACCGCGUGGUGCUGCCCGUGGCGCGGCGCUUCCAGCGGGAGCUGCAGGCGGCCGGGAGGGCUUUGCUCGAUCGCCAUGAGGCCGCCCAAAGUGGUGCCGUGGCGGCGGCUGGUCGGGGUGUCCUUCGGCAUGUACACGGCCGAGGAGAUCAGGAAGCUGAGUGUAAAACCCAUAACAAACCCGCAGUACCUGGACAACGUGGGCAAUCCGGCUGUGAAUGGGCUGUACGACCUGGCCCUGGGACCCCCGGACUCCAGAGAAGUGUGUGCCACUUGCAUGCAGAACUUCAGCAACUGCCCCGGACACUUCGGCCAUAUAGAACUGCCUCUGGCUGUCUACAACCCCCUGUUCUUCGAUAAAUUAUACCUUCUCAUCCGAGGGUCCUGUUUGAAUUGCCACAUGCUGACCUGUCCCCGAGCUGUGGUUCACCUGCUGCUGAGUCAGCUGAAGGUGCUGGAGAAGGGGCUGCUCCACGCUGUCCAUGACCUCGAAGUCAUUCUGAACAAGUUCGUGGAGCAGUGUGCAGAUGCAACAGGCUCAGAAAUCGAGGAAGAGUUGAAUCGCCACGUUCAGGAAAUGUUACAGAGCUCUCAAAUAAGAGACCGGUGCUCAAAUGUCAAAAAUGUGCGUGAGUGUAGAAAUAAGCUGGUAUCACAAUUCUGGAAAGCACAUAUGGCUUCAAAGAAAUGCCCAAACUGCAAAUCCAGGAGAUCCCUGGUGCGAAAGGAGCACAACAGCAAGCUGACAGUAACCUAUCCUUCUACAGUGUACCAUAAGCCAGGAGAGGAAGGCAUUCUGGAUCAAACAGCAGGUAUUGAUGAAAGCCAGUUAGGGAAGAGAGGAUACCUGACACCAAUGACUGCCAAGGAAUACAUCCUGGCUCUGUGGAAGAAUGAAGGUUUCUUUCUGCGUUAUCUCUUCCCUGGGUUGUAUCCCAAUGAGAGUUCAGGAUUCAGUCCAGACAUGUUUUUUUUAGAUCUACUUGUUGUUCCACCUUCAAGGUAUCGUCCUGUGAAUCGCCUUGGAGAUCGCCUGUUCACAAACGGGCAGACUGUGAACUUGCAGGCUGUGAUGAAAGAUGCCCAAGUGAUAAGGAAACUCUUGGUUUUCAUGGCCAAAGAACAGUGUCAGCCAAUAAAAAUUACAGAAGAAAUUCAAACAGAGACAGGAGAGGAUACUGAACCUCUGGACCGUUCUGUGCUGACAAUUCCGGGACAGAGCAUUGCAGAUAAGCUGUACAACGCCUGGAUACGUCUCCAGAGCCAUGUCAACAUUGUGUUCGAUAGUGACAUGGACAAGCUGAUGACAGAGAAAUACCCUGGUAUUCGUCAGCUGUUGGAGAAGAAGGAAGGGCUGUUCCGCAAGCACAUGAUGGGGAAGCGCGUGGAUUUUGCAGCUCGAUCCGUCAUUUGCCCCGACAUGUACAUUGGGACCAAUGAGAUUGGCAUCCCUAUGGUAUUUGCCACCAAACUGACUUAUCCUCAGCCAGUGACUCCCUGGAAUGUCAAAGAGCUGAGGCAGGCUGUCAUCAAUGGCCCCAAGGUGCACCCUGGGGCCUCCAUGGUCAUUAACGAGGACGGGUCCCACACGGUGCUGAGCGCCACCAGCCUGACCCAGCGCGAGGCCAUCGCCAAGCAGCUCCUCACCCCCUCCUCAGGGGCACCCCAGACUGGGCUGAAGAUUGUGUGUCGGCACAUAAAGAACGGGGAUGUGCUGCUGCUGAACCGCCAGCCCACGCUGCACAGACCUUCCAUCCAAGCUCACCGCGCCCGCAUCCUGCCCGGGGACAAGGUGCUGAGGCUGCACUACGCCAACUGCAAGGCUUACAAUGCUGACUUCGAUGGGGAUGAAAUGAAUGCCCACUUCCCACAGAGUGAGCUGGGCAGAGCAGAGGCCUACACCUUAGCCAUCACUGAUAAACAGUACCUGGUGCCAAAGGAUGGGAAGCCACUUCCUGGCUUGAUCCAGGAUCACAUGAUUUCUGGAGUCAGCAUGACAAUCCGGGGCUGCUUUUUCACCAGAGAGCAGUACAUGGAGCUUGUGUACCGAGGGCUCACAGACAAAAAAGGAAGAAUUAAAAUCUUUCCUCCAGCCAUUAUGAAGCCACAGCGAUUAUGGACAGGAAAGCAGGUUGUUUCCACAUUGCUAAUAAACAUUAUUCCAGACAACCAUGCUCCACUGAAUUUGACUGGGAAAGCAAAAAUUGGUGGGAGAGCCUGGGUAAAGGGACCUGCAAAAGAAUGUCUGAAUCUUGAUUCGAUGUGUGAAUCUCAGGUUAUUAUCAGAGAUGGGGAACUACUGUGUGGAGUCUUGGACAAAGCUCACUUUGGCAGCUCUGCCUACGGGCUGGUCCACUGCUGCUAUGAGAUCUAUGGGGGUGAAACCAGUGGGAAAGUGCUGACGUGUCUGGGGCGCCUCUUCACUGCUUACCUGCAGCUGUACAGGGGAUUCACCAUGGGGAUUGAAGAUAUUUUGGUUAAACGUGAAGCAGACCACAAAAGAAAAAAAAUCAUUGAAAGGUCAAGGCAGAGUGGCAUUGAAGUUGUUAGAGCUGCUCUUAAUUUGCCAGAAACAGCAUCAAGUGAGGAGGUCCAAGGGAAGUGGCAGGAUGCCCAUCUCUGCAAAGACCAGAGGGAUUUUAACAUGGUUGAUAUGAAAUUCAAGGAGGAAGUAAACAAUUACAACAAUGAAGUCAACAAGGUUUGCAUGCCCCUUGGUCUCCACAGGAGCUUUCCAGAGAACAAUUUGCAGUUGAUGGUGCAGUCAGGAGCCAAAGGAUCCACUGUAAACACAAUGCAGAUUUCUUGUUUGCUGGGCCAGAUUGAGCUGGAAGGCCGAAGACCCCCACUGAUGGCAUCUGGCAAAUCACUGCCAUGUUUCCAGCCUUAUGAUUUUUCCCCUAGCUCAGGAGGAUUUGUGACUGGCAGAUUUCUCACUGGAAUCAGACCUUCUGAGUUCUUCUUUCACUGCAUGGCUGGCAGGGAAGGUCUUGUGGAUACAGCUGUCAAAACCAGCCGUUCUGGGUACCUGCAAAGGUGUAUCAUAAAACAUUUGGAAGGACUGGUGGUUCAGUAUGACCUGACUGUACGAGACAGUGAUGGCAGCGUGGUGCAGUUUCUGUAUGGAGAAGAUGGCCUUGAUAUCCCUAAAACUCAGUUCUUACAACCUGAGCAGUUUCCUUUCAUUGCAGAAAACUAUGAGGUAAUCCAGAAGACAAACCAUCUGGAUGAAGCUUUAGCAAGGAUGGAGUCUCACCAAGCUAACCAGCAGUUCAAAGCCAUCAAAAAAUGGCGAGCCAGACACCAAAACUCUGUGCAAAGAGAAGGAGGCUUUCUGUUGUUUUCCCAAAAGAAGUUGGCAAGUUUGAAAGCACAGCUUCCAGGAGGUGAAAUAAAGAAUGGAAGAGAUCCUGCUACUUUACAGUUGUUGAAGAUGUGGUAUGAGCUUGAUGAGAAGAAACAAAGGAAGUAUCUGAAGAAGACAAAUAAGUGUCCUGACCCAAGCCUUGGGGUUUGGCGUCCAGAUACUCAUUUUGCAUCUGUUUCAGAAACAUUUGAAAGUGGAGUUGAAGGCUAUAUCAAUAAAUGGGAAUCUGAGAACAGCCGGAGUUACACGCACUCAGCACUUUCUUCUGAUAGAUUGAAGGAUCUGUUGUAUUUAAAGUGGCAACGCUCUCUUUGUGACCCAGGAGAAGCUGUGGGGCUUCUUGCUGCUCAGAGUAUUGGGGAACCUUCAACACAGAUGACUCUGAAUACCUUUCACUUUGCUGGCAGAGGUGAAAUGAAUGUCACAUUGGGUAUUCCAAGGUUGCGGGAAAUACUGAUGGUGGCCAGCUCAAACAUUAAAACCCCGAUGAUGAGUGUUCCUGUGCUCAAUACCAAGAAAGCUCUCAAAAAGGUGAAACAGCUUAAGAAACUGCUCACAAGAGUGUGCUUGGCUGAGGUCUUGCAGAAAGUGGACAUCGAGGAAUCCCUGCAUGUGGAGCACAAGCUGAACAAGCAUCGCCUCUACAAAAUCAAAUUCCAUUUCUUGCCCCAUGAAUAUUACCGAGAGGAGAAGUGUGUGAAGCCGAGGCAGAUCUUGCACUUCAUGGAAACAAGGUUCUUUAAAGUUCUUCUGGAAGCAAUUAAAAGGAAGACUACAAAGAUGGCAUCUUUUAAUGAAGUCAGCACUCGGAAGACAACUCGGAACGAUUUAGAUGAUGGCCAAGACAAGACACUGAAUAAUCUGGAAGCUGUAGCAGAAGAAGAAGAGAACAUUGUUGAUGCAGAAGCUGAUGAAGGGGAUGGUGAUGCUACAGAAACAAAACGGAGGAAGAACCAGGAAGAAGAGGUUGAUUAUGAGAGCGAAGAAGAGAAUGGGGAAGAAAACAUCAAUGAGAACCCAGAAGAUGAAGAGGCUGAAUCUGAAAAAGAAGAAGAGACUCCUGGUGCUGAAGAAGAUCAGAACAGAGCAGAGGGUGAAGAUUCUCAGCAUCUUUCCUUUUUGUCUCAGACUAAAAAAGGGAAAGAUCGAUUGCUUCAGUCAGCAGAGGUGCGAGUGAGCGCUGUUGUGGAGAGCCACCCCUCCAUACAGGAUUACACCUUUGACACCGAAAAUGAGCUUUGGUGUGAGGUUUCCCUGGCAUUGCCACUGACCAAGGUGUACUUUGACCUCUCCUCCCUGCUGGGGUCCCUGGCGCGCAGCACGGUGAUCCACGAGGUGAAGGGCAUCACACGCUGCCUGCUGAACGAAAGCACCAGCAAGGAGGGAGAGAAGGAAUCUGUUCUCCAGACAGAGGGGAUAAACCUGGCAGAGCUCUUCAAAUACUCUGAUAUUUUGGACCUGAACAGACUUUAUUGCAAUGAUAUCCAUGCCAUGGCUAAGAAUUAUGGAAUUGAAUCAGCCCUAAGGGUGAUUAUAAAGGAAAUAAAAGAUGUAUUUGCUGUAUAUGGAAUUGUGGUAGACCCUCGACACCUUUCGCUUGUGGCAGAUUACAUGUGUUUUGAAGGCUUUUAUAAACCCCUGAAUCGCAUUGGAAUUCAGUCCAACUCCUCCCCUCUGCAACAGAUGACGUUUGAAACCAGCUACAAAUUCUUGAAGGAUGCAACCAUGAUGGGUGCCCACGAUGAGCUGCGAUCCCCUUCGGCCUGCCUGGUGGUUGGAAAAGUUGUCAAAGGAGGGACUGGCUUGUUUGACCUCAAGCAGCCCCUGAGAUAGAGUUUUGUGGUAACUUAAGGAUCUGGUUGAAAUGUUCAUCGCAAGAGCUGCAUGUGCCCCACAGCUAGGCAAUGAGGGCACUUGCUGUGCCUCCAGAUGCCUUUCCUGUGCCAAUAGGUUUCUUUAUCUGGAUACCCAAUGAGCCUUAUCUAUUUAAUGAGUACAGGAGCUAUCUUUUGAUCCAAAGAAUCACUUAUUUACAGUUCAUCAAUGUAAAAAAAUGAGGUUGUUUGUUUACACAGAAAAGAAGAAAGUGCUGGAGUCGGUCUGGGUCUCAGACUGUGCAGCUGUUCUGGCAGGCAGAAGUGAAAGCAGAAUCUGUUUAUGCUGUCUGACUUCUGUGGGGGCAGAAUCCCAUCAGGGUAGUGCCAGAUGCCACGUGGCCAUUAACAUGGCAGAUUUCCAGUACUGGAAAUGGCAUUCCAGACUGGCAGGUGUAGCUGGGCACUGCUGUGCUGAACCUCAGCAUCUGUGCUUGAGGCAUUUGCUGCUCUUUUGCUGCACUGAUAUGAACUUGUAUAAACUUCAGAGGAUACAUUUUACUACUCUGCUCCUUCAUUUAUUAAGAAGAAUGUGUCUGUGACACAAUUCUUAAAUUUCUUUUAGCUGAAGAGUGGAAUUCAGAGUUUCCACAGUUUCUAUAGGCAUUUUCCAAUGCUCUUUUAACUUCUUUGGGUAGAAUAGAUCUCACACAGUGAGAGAUUUGAUUUUUGCUAAAGAUUUAUUCCUUAAAUGCCAACAUGAGCUGCUGUAGGAGCGACUAGGCGAAAGACUCCUGUACGAAUUACCAAAACAGAGAUUAUAAACUAUUUUUGCUUAAAUAUUCUGUAUCAAAGAGGAUAUUUAAUAAAAUAAAUACUCUGAA